AUGGGGACUCGCAAGAUGGCUCCUUCCAAAAAUCAAAGUGCCUCCACGAAACCAGCCUCCUGGUCACUCUACCGGAACUGUGCAUACACACUCUUGAGAAAUUUCUCAACAUCCUCAUGCCGACACAGGGAGCUUGCGAAAUCUGCUCAAAUCACGUCGGACUCACCAAGUCUCACGUACCGAAGGAAGAGGGACAACCAAGUCUCACCAGGGCCUCACCAUGGCUUCACGCCGGAAUCAAUGGAAGACUCGACCUCUCCUUCGAACCACGUCGUGCCGAAGCUGUAA